GCGCAUACAGAAACGCACACACGCGCAUACAGAAACACACGCACACAUACACACGGCUAAAGAUGUGAAGAUGGCGGAGCUACAGAUGCUUCUGGAAGAGGAGAUCCCGGCCGGCCGGAGCGCCUUACUGGACAGCUUCACCAACCUGGAGAGGGUUGCGGAGUACUGCGAGAGCAACUAUGUCCAGUCCCCAGAUAAGCACAGGGCGCUGGAGGAGACUAAGAACUACGCUACCCAAAGCCUGGCCUCCGUGGCCUACCUGAUCAACACGCUGGCCAACAACGUGCUGCAGAUGUUGGACAUCCAGGCCUCCCAACUCCGCCGCAUGGAGAGCUCAAUCAACCACAUCUCCCAGACGGUGGACAUCCACAAGGAGAAGGUCGCCCGGCGGGAGAUCGGCAUCCUGACGACCAAUAAGAACACGGCGCGGACGCACAAGAUCAUCGCCCCCGCCAACCCGGAGAGGCCGGUGCGCUACAUCCGCAAGCCCAUCGACUACAACACCCUGGACGACAUGGGUCACGGCGUCAAGUGGUUGUUGAGGUUUAAGGCCAGUGCCCAGAGCGUGAAGGCGGGGGGCCCGCUGCCCCGCACCAACCCCCCCACACAGAAGCCCCCCAGCCCCCCCACCGCCCGCAAGGGCACCCUGGGGCGCCAAUCCCCCUACCGGACCCUCGAGCCGGUCCGCCCCCCCGUUGUCCCUAACGACUACGUCUCGAGUCCGACCCGCACCGGGCCGCCCCCCCUGCAGAGCCCCGCCCGAUCCGUUUCUCAAAGGACCCGCACCUACAGUAGUGGCAGCAGUGGGGGCAGUCACCCCAGCAGCAGCCGCAGCAGCAGCAGAGAGAACAGUGGGAGUGGCAGCGUGGGACUGCCCAUCGCCGUGCCGACGCCGGCCCCACCCACCGCCUUCCCAGGUGUGCCUCAGUUCUACUCGAUGAACCGGCCGCUGCAGACGGUGCAGAGCCCCCCGGUGGGGGGGUCCCUGCCCUACCGCCGGCCCUCCUCUGUCACCGGGCAGCCCGCCCACCACCAGCUCAACGGGGGCCCGCACUACACCCAGGGCCAAGGCCCGCCCCCCCCCCCAGCCAUGCAGAUCACCCCCCAGCUCCCUCUGGUUGGCUUCGUGGCCCGAGUGCAGGAGACCAUCUCGGACGUGCCCCCGCCCCCUCCGCCCGCCGAGGAGCCGGUGUUUGAGGAGCUGGCCCCGCCCCCCCCCCUGCAGGAGGAGUACGAGGAGGAGGAGCUGGACGGGGAGGAGGAGGAGGAGGAGGAGGAGUCGGCCGUGGUGGAGUACAGCGACCCCUACGCCGAGGAAGACCCCCCGUGGGCCCCCCGCACCUACCUGGAGAAAGUGGUGGCCAUCUACGACUAUGCGAGGGACAAGGAGGACGAGUUGUCCUUCAUGGAGGGGGCCAUCAUCUACGUGAUCAAGAAGAACGACGACGGCUGGUACGAGGGCACCAUGGGGGGUACCACCGGCCUGUUCCCCGGGAACUACGUGGAGAGCAUCAUGCACUACGCCGACUAGAGGCCCCGCCCCCACAGGGGGGGAGAGGGGGGGGAGCCCACCAGAGCCCCGCCCCCCCUUCCCGCGCCAGGGGAACAAGUCAGGGACUUUGGUCAGACAGAGCAUGAUCACUCUACUGGGAGGACUGGGAGGAUCUACCCGACUGGGAGCUGGAUUGGGAGCCUGACUGGGGGGGAACUGGACUGGGAGAACUGGGAAGAAAUACCGGACUGGGAGGAAGAAUUUUCCAUUUUUCUUUUUUUGAAGGAGUUCUAAACGACAAACUGACGUUGGCCCGUCGCCACGGCCGCCAUUUUGUUUCUCCGCUCCUCUCCAUAUAUACUCUAACCUGUAAUACAAUAUUCUUUACUCAUUAUUCAGCAUUUGGGAGAUUUAGUUUUACGCGGUUGCGACUUCUCAUUCCGACCUUUGUUCCGAUCUUUCUAAGCUGUAUUUAUUUGGCCUCAGUAGUUGGACGGGGUUGUGGGUUUGAAACCGGGGUUUGUUGUUUUGUCGUUGAUGUUUUUAAUCGUGUUCUCCUCGCAGCCAGCCCUGGAAGGGGCGGGUCUUGCGUUUGACGUCGCCGACCGACCAAGAAGAAAUCCUGAACUUUCUAGAAUUCUGAAUCUGAGAGUUCCGGAACGUGGAACCAAAGGUUCCAAUGUGCCAAAGCCCUCGAAGCUACAGAGUAUAAGCACAGACAAAGUCCUACACUAGACUAAAGUAGACACAUGAAUCUAUAUAUAUGAAAGAUAUAUAAAUGUAUACGAUAUCAAAGUCCCGCUUAGUUAGAAAAACAGAAGUAUUUUUUUACAGGUUGAUUUGGAACGGGUUAUCGUAACUUACUAGUAACCUUUUGACUGACAGGGGGGCGUGACACCACUAGGCUCCGCCCCCUGCUGUUUUUAGGGCGGGACCACCCCCCCCCACACACAGGGAGCCAUCCCAUAAUUCAGCCCGACAGCCACAAAGUCGCUUCCCCCUUCGUGCAAAACAAUAAUAGACGCUUCCGACUUUCGUAGCUCGUAAACGUAAAGUUUGUUGGGAGUUCUCAAACGGAAGGCGAUAAACGAGGCCUCGUUUCCAUGGUGAUAUUAAUUGUGUAAACUGAGAUGUAUUUUUGAAGGGCUUUAACAACUAUUACGGGCCUGGUUUGUAUUUGACUUCUUUUAGUGGGUUUCCAUUCCGUUGCCGGGUGACAGACGCAUGUUUCGAUAUGAAAAAAGCCGAUGUUUCUUUUGUCCCCCGGCCGGCGGUCUUAAAGUCUUAAUAUUUCCGAUGAGUGGUUGUUUUUAUUUUCGGUUCUCGGGACCCGUGCCAUAACCAAGUGCUUGUUCUGUCUGACGCUUGUCUCUUCAUCGCAAUAAAUAUCAGCCCCGUCACGGGAACCGUUUGCAUCGGAAAACAAA